AUGGAAUAUGUUGAACCUAAAAUACGUUUAUGGAGAAGAGAACAAACAUUUAAAGAAUGGAAAUCUUUUAUUGCUCUAUGUCAUUCUUCAAUAACAGGAAUUCGAAGUGCAAUAAUAUUUUACUUAGAAGGAAAUAUGAUGUUAGCAACAGAUAAAACAAUGUUUUCAAGUGCAUUAUGUUUAAUAUUUUUUUUAAUUGACAAACCUGUUAUGAAUGUAUUUUUAACAUAUUUUGAUAUACCAUUUUUUAUCAGUGAUUUUUAUACAAGUUUAGAGAUGUAUACUUAUCAUUAUCAUGAAUCACAAUCACUUUGUAUUGAGUUUGGUAAAAUAUGUUUAAUUGGUAAAAUUAAAAGUUUUUUAUCAGGAUUAUGUGUUGUAUUAAAUUUAUGUAAAAUUAUCCCAUUAAUAACUUCAACUUUAAUUUAUAUUCAUAGUUUUGGUUUUAAACCAUUUCCACAUAAAAAUUCUAAAUAUCUUUUAGGAACAAGAGAAAGUGUAAAAAAGAAAAGUGGAUAUCCAGUUGAAGAUAUGAUGCAAUUUUUUGAUCAAAAUUCAGUAUUUAAACGAAAUAAUUUUUCUACAUCAAAUUUCUUAAAUAAUCGUGAAUAUAGAGAUAAUUUAAAAGAAAUGUAUACAAAAACAAAUGUAGUAACAUUGGAACAAUUUAAAAAUUCAAAAGGAGCUGUUCAUGCAUUAGCAACAUUACCAAUAACCAAACAAACAACUGAUGGUAAUGCUCCUGAUCAGAAAGAAAAAGUUUUCUUUCAUUCUAUUGCUGAUUUGGUAAAAAUUAAUGAUCCACCAACUCCAUAA